AGAAUGUGACGUCUUAGAGAGACAUGGCCUACACAACAAUUAUAAUUGGACGUGGGCAAUGACUGACAGUCCAUACAACCAAUUGACAUGGUGUUUCUAUUGAAUAAACGUUACAUUAUUAAUUUCAUGAGGAUUCAUUGGUUGUCGAACAAGACCAUUUUAAUAUUCAGUAAGUCGGAAAGCGUGACCACUGACCAACAUGUUGCUGCACCGCGUGAUAAUACCUGAGAAGUUGGAAAGUAGUUGGGAAAGGAAAUUGUUUUCUACGUUAAGUGUAGAACCUUUAAGUCUCAUUACCAGGAUUUUGUGAUUCGUUAAAAUAGAAGCAACUCAGUUUCGGUCUUUAGAAAUGUCAACAGCUAAUAAAAUAUUCGGGGACAGUGGUGAUGUUAAUGAAGUCUUCAAAACUCUUAUGGACUAUCCAUUAUUUUUCUCUGCCUUCGAUGACAACGAAAUAGAGAAGGAGAAGUUGUGUUCGUCUGAAAAUGUGGAGACCGGAUCGGGCGGAGGGGGCAGCGGAGCCGGGGGUACAGGCGGCAGUGGGGGCGGGGUGUCAGCCUCCCUGACCCCAGCCAUCUGGGAGAAGACCAUCCCCUACGACGGGGAGAAGUUCCACCUGGAGUACAUGGACCUGGAUGAGUUCCUGCUGGAGAACGGGAUCUCCAGCACCCUGGAGGAGGAACUUCAGAAGAGCCUGACCCAGGAGGAGGACAAGGAGAGCAAGGCCCCUUCCACCUCGGCCUCCGCCACCAUCUCCUCAGCCUCGGAGAUUGUCACCAUCACCCUGAAGACAGCCAAGAUGGAACAAGAGGAGGAGGAGGAGGAAGAGGAGGGAAGGGAAGAUGAGGAUGAGGAUGAUGAUCAGGAUUCCGUGUCUGUGGCUGAUGCAGCCGAAGUUGAGUUGGAUGAUCGUACAGAUGGCAAAGCGGUCGAUCGCAACCCGCCCUCGCCCAUCGACCCAGAGGCCAUUGAGGUUGAUGUUAACUUCCAGCCUGAUCCCACCGACCUGGUGCUGUCCAGUGUUCCUGGAGGAGAGCUGUUCAACCCCAGGAAGCACAAGUUCUCAGAUGAGGAGCUGAAGCCUCAGCCCAUGAUCAAGAAAGCCAAGAAGGUGUUUGUGCCCAAUGAGCAGAAGGAUGAUAAAUACUGGUCCAGGAGAAAGAAGAACAACAUGGCGGCCAAGCGUUCUCGCGACGCCCGACGUCUGAAGGAGAACCAGAUCACGGUCCGCGCCUCCUUCCUGGAACGGGAGAACGCGGCGUUGCGGCAGCAGGUGGCCGAGCUGCGGAAAGACUGCGGCCGCUGCAAGAACACCAUGGCCCGAUACGAAGUCAAGUACGGGCCACUGUAAGGCACCGACUCUUCCCCUUAGAGACUUUAUCUGUCCUCUAACGACACAGACCUCCCCACCAAAACACAAGUUGCAGACACAAAACACAAAAGGGACUUUUUUUUCAAAAUGGAACUGCUGUCUUGUGCCGAGCGCCAGUCAGUUCCUGCGUCCAGCCCCAGACCCAGACUGGCUAGGACGCUCCUCUGGAGCUGUGAGCACACACUGACAGGGAACCCCGCAGCUGCACAGGAAGGGGGGAGGGAGACAGGAGAGCCCAAAGGAGCGGCUGGCUCCUACACACACAGAAGGGUUCUGGACACUCCCCAUGUCGCUAAUACACGGGGAGAUGUCGUGAGAGUGGUCCGAAAAAGUCAAAGAAUAUUGGCUUUGCUAAAGAAAAGCGGUCUUAGAAAUAGAAGAGCCCAGGCCAUAUUUCAUUUAACCACUGCCCACACCAACAAGUUCUGUAGUGGACCAAAGCAUGAGUACCGUUGUAAUCGUUGAAAGAUGUCCCCACCACCCAUCCCUCUGUUUGUGCAGUAACUGACUGUCUUGUCUCCUUUGUUCAAAGAACUUGUGCAGAGACUCUGAAGAGGGAUACCAACUGUUGAUUUAUUCAUAGUGGGUCAUGAGUGGAGCUGAACCAGUGAAUAAAAUAUCCAAUGGAACGGAGAGAACCAGAUUACACCUUCAGGAUUGUAACCAUGCAGAGGAGGCAGGAGAGACUGAGAUGAUGAGGAUGAAGAGAUAUUAGGUCAAGGAGUGAUUUUGCUAGACAGUCACAGUUUGUCCUCUUUUGCAAGCCUUUGCUUAUACCGCACACCCAGUGGUGUGCUUAAAGAAUUCUCUGUACAUAGUCUUCUCCCCGCACCACGUAGACGUGUGUAUUUGUGCGUUACCCCUGUUUUGCUCCCAACCUCCCCCCCCAGAAACACUGUGUGUGAUCGAUUAGCUAUAGCUGUGGGUGGCCACCAUUUAUGUACAGGUGGGAGGUAUAGUAACUUGAAGAAGAAGAAAAAAAGCAUGAUCCACAAUUUUAAGUCAUUGUGUAUCUUUGUUUUAUAACACCCAAAUCUUCUCCCAAUAUCUCACACAUGUCAGUUGUUUGGGAUAUUUCCAAAUGACCAUUUUGAAAGGAGCAGGGUAAAUAAUGGUCUUUUCUGCCAGUAUGUUAUUGCUCAUAGACGAAGGCUUACGUUAGGCACUUAUCAGGGCCCUCAUUAGUUGAGGGGUAUGUACUGUGUAGGGUUGUUUAUUUAACUGCAUACACUGCAAGUAGGGGGCACUAGAGAGCCAGUGCCCCAUAUUGUCAGUCACAGACUUUUUGUAAGACCCAAAGAUGCCUGCUGUUAAUUGUUUCUAUGGUUGUUUUUCUGAACUGAGACAAUAUCUUUGUCAAUUUUACCUGUCUUUUUACCCUAUUGACUUACUGCUUUUCCUUGUGUUUGUGGAAGAGCCAUUAUGAUCAGUGCUGUAUUUAUUUUGAUAAUAAUACAUCUAUUGAUUGUGAUGUGUGUCAGUAUAUAUUAGAUUACAUUUCCUCUGUGGAACAAAACAUAAAUGAAACAAUACAUGAAAUGAUUUGGCAGGGAUUUCAAUUUCAAUUUGUUUUUAAAACACAAUUUUGCAGGUUUUUGAAGCAGAAUUGAAUUGGAAAUUUGCAUCUGUCUCUCAUUAGUAUGCUCCAGUCCAAUGAGAUUCCAUUGGAACGUGGAGAUCCAGGAGUGUUUUAGUCCAGUGAGGUGGAGGCAGGUAUGGAGCAGUCAGUUUGGCAAAGCUGAAUCAGAUAAAAAAAAUGACUUGAAGCUCAGCUUGCCAAGGUGCCUGUGCCUGAUUUUAUUGUUGCAGACAGUAUAUGACAGACUGUUAAGCUGUGGGACUCAAAUGUCUUCAGCUAAUGUGAAACCUGUUUAUUCAGUUUGUGCUUAUUUUGUACUCAUUGUAAACAAACAAGCUAAAUACAUAUGGCAAUAAUAUUCUCUUUGACGCAAUGCUUGAUCUUCCAAAUUAUUUCAAUAAUUUAUGUGUAGUACCGGUAUGCUACAUUUUGAAAUGGUCAUCGUGCUUCCAGUUUAGAUACCCACUUUUAGUAUCUGCUGCAUGAAUUUGAGCAGGCAAAAUUGGGUCAUUUUAUUAUGAAAUUCUCUACACAGUUGUGCUUCAGUAUCUUCAAAUUCAAAAUGGAUGAUAUUGUAGACACAAUCUUAUUGGCUAGAAACUGGUGGUUUGUUUGGCCAAAGGGCAUGAAGUUAAACUAACCCAAAAGCGCAAAAAAAUCUGUCAUGAUCUUCAUAUUUUUCAAAUGAAAUGCAUUUUUUUCUUGUUACAUGUCUUUUGGUAAUAUUGGAUCGACCUUCCAUCCUACAGUGUGAUGAGACAGCAGAACUCCAUUCUCCGACUCUUUAUACUUCCUGUUUUUACUGUUUCUUUACUGUUUAACAGAACCACCUACGCUGUGCAGCUUUUGACCUUGGUUGAAAUCUUUAUAUGUAGCAAUCACCUUUUUUCAAAUCAAUCACCGAACUGCUAUAAAACUCCUCUCACCAUCGAAAUGACUUUAAGAUAACAA